ACGGGCUUCGCACCUUGGCAGCGGCCAGAGGAAGUCCCGCCUGGAGGUCUGGACCUCAAGGCAGCAGCAGAUGCACGGCAAGGCAUCUGGAUCCUGAUCUACCUGCGCCCAGACAACGCAAUUGCGCUCGGAUACACGCUCAGUGUCUUCAGGGGUGCCAUCUUGACAGGCCCAGGGGCUAUGAAGCUCAAAUGGGUGGGAACCUUGUUGAACCCGGUGACCUUCAUCGAGCCGGUCUCCGCCCUUGGAGAGAUCAAGGCAGUCAGCAUUGAGCACACUGACCAGAAGCUCACGGCUCUUGCAGCGCUGGGCAAAUUCAUCAAGGAUGAGCUCUGGAAGCAAGCUGCGGAGCCAGCUGCAGACAGCGGCCCUGGGUCCGCUGUGGUGAAAGGCAUGGAGGGGCUGGUGGCGAAGCACCUAACGCCCGCGAGUGGUGCCAAGCACAUCCCAAUGUUCAUGGAGAGGCUACCACAGUUGUACAGCCAUCAGUCCGUGCCAAUUUUAGAUGCAGAGGGCCGCUUCGACACAGGCUCAAAAAAAUUGGCUGGACUGAAGUGGCCUCCCGAACGCAAGGCUAUUUCGACGUGCAAUGCGCUGGACGGAGCAGCAGUGUGUACAGCAAAACGGUACUGCAUCAGCUGUCCCAGCUCCAUCCACAGAAAGAUGGGGCAUUGA